CUCGGAUUCCCUCGAACCGUAUAGAAUGGAAAGGAAUUCGGACAUCGAUUACGCGACGUCCGCGAAUCGUUGGGCUCUGAUAUUUUGCGGUUUAUGGCCGGAUCACGAGGUGAAAAAACCCAACCGUAUUUACAACCUGUCAAUGUUUGCCCUGAUGAAUAUCCUCAACGGUGCAACGUGCGUUCCGCAAUUUGUCGACCUAUAUUUCGUCUGGGGUGAUUGGGACGAGAUGUUGGAAAACGUUAUGUGCAGUCUCUGCCUAACUCUGAUGCAGGUGAAGGUCAUUUGCGUGUGGCGAAAAACCGAAAAUCUCGGAAUACUGCACGAAGAACUUUACAAGGACUGGCAGACGCAGGCCGUCGACGACGCGAACAAGAACAACGAGGACCUUCUUCUACGGAGGUCUCUGAUGAAAUCGUCAGCCUGGAUGGGAAGAGCUCUGUGCUUGAUGAUGACGAUAACGAUGUACGCAACUUGCGUAUUGUUUCUUCCUCGUCCUUACGUACGUUCCCUGAUACUGAAAUUGCCCCCCGAAGAAAGAAGAUUUCCGUACGAGACGGAAUACCUCGUAGCCUGGGUCAAGGAGUCGCCUUACUACGAGAUUCUCUACAUGUCGCAGAUAAUCGGCGGUGUUUUAUGCUUGACUGGUAAUUUUGCUACCGACAGUUCGAUCGCCGUUAUCAUGGUUCACCUAUGCGGUCAGUUUAAAAUCCUGACAAACGAUUGGAGGAAAUUUUGCGACAGCGCGACGGGCAGGGAUGAUUCCAGAGUAAACGGAAGAGAAGGUAACGACGGAAGGGCGAAUCUGAGGCGAGAAUUAAAAAUUUUGGUCGAGAGACACCUGCACUUGAUAAAACUCGCGGAGGUCAUCGAGGAGGCGUUCAACCAGAUGGUAUUGUUCCAGCUGGUCGUGAGUUCGACUCUGAUAGGAAUCAUUGUAUUUCAUUUCAUCCAGUCUCUGGAGCACGCGGACGUCUGGAGUUUCGGUCUAUUGGUAUUUUACCUAAUUUCCCAAACACUUUUCGUUUUUGUCUACUGCCUCGGUGGUCAACUGCUGAUAAACGAGAGUCAGGCGGUCGGCGAGGCGAUCUACAUGCUGGAAUGGUAUAACUUACCCCCUUCGAUCGCCAAGGAUCUGAUGAUCGUCAUGAUUCGUUCAAAAACCGGACUCACCAUUUCCGCCGGAAAGUUUUGCGCUAUGAACUACGAGACGUUUUCGAGCGUCAGUUUUCAAGCGAUCUAUUUUCACUUUCGACUUCAUCAAAAUUCUGUCCACUAACAUUGAUUAAAUCUUGUUGUUGGUUUUUUUUCUUUUGUUACAGAUUUUGAAAGCCGCUGGCACCUACCUCUCAGUCUUACGAGCCAUGUAUUAAUUGAAAACUGUAAAAUCGAAAACUGAAAAACCCGUAGGUAACACAGCCGAUCUUUUUUUCAUUAUGUGUGUUUUUCUCGUGUUAUGCGAUGUAUCGGUAGAAAUAAACGAUCCAGAAAAUAUGGCGUCGUAUUUCCUUGGCAUUCGACGAAUCGGAAUAGGGUAUGCAAGAGCGCAUCGGUUCGCAGGUAAGAAUUUGAAAAACUUUUGAGUUGUAAGCAAUCGAACGGUUGAUCAAAUUGUGAAAAUAACACGACUUGGCUCGAAAAAUGGAUAAGUGCUCGGAAUCUUGUAAAAAAUUAUGGACGCUGCAACGCAAGGAUUCCCGUAAGGCGUGCAGUCUUGGAUGAAACGUCAAUAGCAAAUAAUUUGGCGAACGAGACACGUAGUUAUUAUUAGCUAUCGUGGUUAUUUUCGCGUCAUAGAUAACGUGAUUCAUGUAACUUCAUCCUUACAAUCUUACGUCACUUAUUGUUAGGACAGUUAAAAUCCAAUGGAAAAUAUUGAGGUGAGAAGUCAUCAGAUCUUCAAUUUGAUUGCGAGUCCGCAUGAGCAUUUGAUUUUAUCGAUGGUAUCAAAAAUAAUAUUAUCGCUCAAAUUCUUUGUAGAUAACGGUAGAGAACGAUAGGAACGAAGGUACCGUUAAAUUCGUCGAGUGGAUCGUCUCGGCCUAGGUAUUCAAAUAUUUAUUUACUCAU